AUGGUUGGGGAAGGAGGGAUAUCUCGUAAAGGUAAACGAGGACAGAGCGAGGAGUGGACCAGGGCCCAGAACAAGACCAACGAGAUGCAGCAAAGAUUUGAAUAUACGAAGAGGAAAAAGGGACAGAAAUUCCACAAAAGCACAGAGCUGCGAGCAUCGACCGAUCUUCAGGCAAUUAUUUCCGUGCCCGUGGGUGUUUGUGCUAGUGACGAUGCACGGAAGGACUAG